CUUGUUUUUUGGUGUGUUAAGUUAAAGAAUAUCCAACAAUGUCUAUUGCAUCAUUGACAGCGAGGCAUGUGUUUGGUAUUAAAGGCGAUGUUGCCGACAACAUUUGCUACUUGGAUGAGCAAACAAUCGUGUUUCCCACUGGAUCAAACUGUAUCUUGUACAACAUCGAUCAAAAAUCACAACGAUUUAUUCCUGGUACAGACAAAAGUCCUGGUAUCACAGCCAUGGCAGUGAGCCCUAACAGACGUUAUGUAGCUAUCGCAGAAAGAAGCGAAAAAGCAAUCAUCACAAUUUAUGAUCUGCAUACGUUAAGAAAAAGAAAAGUGCUCACAUACCCUGAUGGCGCGGCUACGGAAUAUGUAAGCUUAGCUUUUUCUCCUGAUUCCAAGUAUUUGAUAUCCCAGGGCGGGAAACCUGACUGGAUUUUGUUGUAUUGGACAUGGGAAAAGGCAAAAGUGAUGGCCUCUGCAAAGGCAACAAAUCAAACCAAUUCACCAGUGCAUCAGGUACGUAUUUAUUGCCAUCUAUAGUAUCUGGUAUUACUCUGAUACUUGUAUCAUUAAGGGGCUGUUUACAUGAGCCCAGUUUGCAGGGCUGGCUCGCUUAAACGGGGCGCCCGGCUUCAUGGUAAUUUCCAACACAAAGCAAUUUUACUUGAGGGCUCGUUCAGACUGAGUGCCCGGCACUGGUGCCCAAUGUUCAAAAUGGUUCACAAAACAUGUUGAGCACAGUGCCGUUGUUGAGUACUACCUCUAGAGGUAGUGCCCGUUCUUGGGCACUGUGCCCAAUUUCAUUUGAAAGCGUCGUGUUCAAACUGGGAGCCAAAACAAGUGCCGGGCACCCAGUCUGGACGCAGCCUAAGGAUGACAAACCGGGCCAGCCCGUUUAGCUGGGAUCCCACUUGACUCAAACGGGGCGCCCGGUCAGCCGGGAUGAAAUUUCUCCAUGUAAAGUAUCCAGCCCGGGCAACCGGGCUAGAACAAAAACUUCAUUGAAAACAAAAAUAAAAGACAGAAACUGAUAUUUUUCUUGACAAAGUUUUAUUUCUUCAAUUAAUCUUGCUGACAAAGUAGUUUUAAUCGAUUAAAUUUGCCAAUAAAGCACAAAUUCGACUUCCGUGACAGACGUUACACUGUUAACUCGUAAACAAGUUUUUCCCGCCAAUUUUCAUCAGCCCGGCAAACGUCUCAUCCCGGCUAGCCGGGCUCAUGUAAACAGCCCCUAAUUGUGUUUUGCCCACAAUUAUAUUGUUCUUUGAUCAUUAAUUUAACUGACCCAACCGUAACCAUAACCCUAAAGUAUAUAUUGUGGCCACCAGUCAGUGGGGAAAGUUUGUAUGCUUUCAGCUUUCUAUAUAUUUACUAUUGAUGCUUUCUAUAUAUUUACUAUUGAUGCUUUCUAUAUAUUUACUAUUGAUGCUUUCUAUAUAUUUACUAUUGAUGCUUUCUAUAUAUUUACUAUUAAAUUUUCGAAAUCUUGGUUGCACCAAUUUCCCAACUUUCCAGUCGGGCCUAUCAGCCACCCGAGGUGCGUCAAUCCCGGACGCACAGAACGUGCAACAUUUGGUUUUUAUCCCAUAAACACUGUACUUAAUUCUAUGUCUAGAUUACCUUCAUGGCAUUUUUUUCUUUGGUUUUUCUUCAUUCUCAGUAGGUAAUUAGUCACAAAAAAAGUUGUUUAAAGUUUAGGUUUAUCGGCUAAAUCUUGUCCGCCAUUGUUAUGUCACGGACAGCAAUGUAAGCAGUUUUAUUGCGGGUGAGUUUGGUGAAGGGUUGCUUUGAGGUGAGUUUGAAAAAACUCACCUGCUCAGAAACAAUCAGAAAGCCACCUUUAGCAUACCGUAGGUAUGGGAUAACAUCUCAGAUUGCGAAGUAACUAAUUACAAAGAGAGGCAUUAGUGAAAUUUAACAAAUUAUUAUAAUAAUAAAUACUUUAUUUAAACUGUUAAAAAUCCCAUCAGCAAUGCUGCUGGUGUUAACGGGAGAACAGUGAUUGCAAUUAUCAAUGAUUGCAUGUAUACAAUAUAAACAUGCAUCCUAUAUACUAAAAAUAUGAGAAUUGUUGUCAAGUUCUAAAAGAUGCGCGUAAACAGUACGUUUAAAUUUUGAGAGUAAUAUCAUUUCUCUAAUGUUUAAUGGUAAAGAGUUCCAGUCUUUUGUACCAGCAUACUUGAAAGUAGAUUGAACUAGUAUUGCACUGUUCACCUUCUACUCCUUCUGCAGAUCAAGCAGCGUCUUAUCCCUCAGGUCUCUGUUGUGCAUGCAACGUCUGAAUCUCUCAGUUGACUAGGGCAGUCCAAGUUACACACAGUAUCUUGAAAAUACACAUAAAGCGUAAAAAUCGUCUCCUGCUGUGCAAUGUCAGCAGCCUUAGUUCGCUGCUCAUCUCUUGAGAGCAUUUUUGCCUUCCUUUGUGAAGGAUAAUCCUCAAAGCACGAUUCUGAAGUUUCUCGACCCGCCUCGUUUGGAUUAUUCCGCACUCGUGCCAAUUAGUCGAACCAUAGUCCAAGAUGGGUAGACAAGUAUAGUUUGUUACUCUGUAGAUACGGAGUAAAAUUACGGAAGGUAGAAAUGAUGAUAUGCGAUUGAGUAAGCCAAGUUUUGGAUACAAGCGUGUCAAUAUUCUGCUAACAUGCUGUUCCCAUGACAGAAUGUUGCUUAUUCGAACACCGAGAUAGUCAGAUGUAGUGACCACAUCAAGGAUCUCAUUGUCCAGAUAUAGAUUUCAAUAUCAUUUGCCCUUUUCAGUGCAUGCCGUGAUCCAAUUACCAUAGAUUUUGUUUUUUUGACAUUUGGAAUCAUUCUGUUAUCUGCCAACCAUUGGUCCACUCGUUUGAGAUCUUUAUUCAUUUGCGACUGAGCUACAUCAAGAUUAGGAUGUGAACAGUGGGUUUCAUUAUCGUCCACAUAAAGAGAUGGUCUUGAAGAGAGGAAGCUGUGGACUAUUGGAUUGAUCGAAAAGCAAACAAAACAGCGAGGGACCGAGCACAGAGCCUUGUGAGACGCCGUAAUUAGUUGGUAACAGUUGAGAUUGGACACCAUUACACACGACAUAUUGUUGCCUGUCAGUUAGAUAUGAGCAGAUCCAAUUAGCCUCGAUUUCCCCAAACCCAUAUUUCCUUAAUCUAUCCAGAAGAACACGAUGAUCAAUAAUAUCGAACGCCUUCCGCAGAUCGAUAAAGGUAGCCAUUUAGUGACUGAAUAUUGUUUUUGAUCCACAGCGAGUUUCAGGGAAUCUAUGACUUGUAUUAAAGCUGUUACGGUCGAGCUAUGUUUUUUGUACGCGUACUGACUGAGUUCGAAGAAAGUUUGGAAUUCCUGGUCAUAUUCAUGCAUCUGGUUGUUUACACACGAUUCACAUAUCUUGGAUAAAAUUGAUAUUGGUCUGUAAUUAUCUCGAUUUGUAGCUAUAUUUCCCUUGAAAAUAGAUGAAAUUUUGGCAGUUUUCCAUCUAUUUGGAAAAACUCCAGUCUCGAAGGAACUAUUGACUAUACACGACAGACUUUGAGAAAUACAGUUCGAGGAUAUCUUAAGGAUCUUCGCCGGGAUGUUAUCAGUCCCAGUAGCUUUGUUGGGAUUUAAAUUAGCCAACAUAUUGGAGAUUUCAACAUCAGUUGUUGGACGGAAAUGGAAUUUGGUUGGCGAGGAACUUUCCAAUGAUGAGGGGAACUGGGAUGUUGGAACAUGAUGGGAGUCAAGGUUGGAAGUAGAAGAAGUCGUUCUGGAAGAUCUGGCAGAAAGGAGAUUUGUGGCGACCGAUGUAAAAUGUAAGUUCAGAGAAUCGCUAAUAUCUUUAGGGUCCACUAUAUGAACGCCGUCGACAACGAGUUUAUCAAUUUUGGUCGUUCGGUUCUUCGAUGGAAGUACUUUUUUCAUUAGUUUCCAAAAAGCUUUAGGAUCACCGUGGCAGUCGUCUAAUUUGCGUUGGAAAAAGUCAGAUUUGGCUUUACGCAACCUGCUUGUGACACAAUUCCGAAGACGUUUCUAUACGUAGAUGUUAAAGUCUUCGACCGAUUUAGUUUUCAAAGCCUUUUUACGAGUUUGGUCUCUGUUACGCAUCAAAACUAGUACACUACUGUCUAUCCACGGAUACGAGUUCUUCCUAAUUCGCUUACAUCUCACGGGAAAGUAAAUAUCCAUGACUGGCGUAAAAAGUUUCUCCCAAAUUAAUAACUUGUCGUUAGGGUCGUCAAACAUGUUCAUCGUAUCCCAUGAUAUACUGCUAAUAGCGUUUUGGAAGCAUUCGUGAUUUGCAUUUAAGUCAACUUUUCGAGUGGAUAUUACGCGAUGCUUACUAUCUUUCUGACGGACUGAAAUCAAAGAUCCGAAGAUAGGAAAGUGAUCACUAAAUCCAGACUGUAGAACACCAGUUGACCUGAAAAGUUGGGGAGAUGAUGUUAUCAACAGAUCGAUAAGUGAUUCGGAAGAGGCGGUAGAUCUUGUCGGUUCACGUAUGAGUUGUGUUAGUUUGCAGACAUUAAGGAACUCCUUAAGAGCUAUAGUUUGUGCAGCAGAUUCGUCAAGGCAGUCCGGCACAAUUCAAGUCACCGAUUAUAAUUAUCUGUUUAUCUGAUCUUAGAGCUUCGCGCGUAACGUCGUCAAGAUAAUCAAUGAAAGGCUCGACAGGUUGUUUAGGUGCUCGAUAUGCGCAUAUUAGUAGGCAGGGUAGAUUCUUGCUUAUUUUGAAUUCGAUGCAUAGUGUUUCAAAGUGUGGCUCCUCGAGUUCCAGUUUUCGCUCGUAUUUUAACCCGUCUUUUAUAUAUAUAGCUCCGCCACCGCCACGGGAGUUUCUGUCAUGUCGUUCGAUACAAUAUCCGUUAAUAUCCACUUCCGUAUUACUUAUGCCGUUGUUGAGCCAGGUCUCCGUUGUAGCUAUAAAUAAAGGUUUAACCGAUUUCAUAGCAGCUCGGAGUUCGUCCACUUUUGGCAAUAAGCUCCUACAGUUAAAAUGCAUUACCAUAUCUGUAUUACUAUUCAAAACACAGACAUUGGUGUUGGGAAUUAUGGAAGGACCAGGAUUAGUUGCAAUGUCACCGGUCAAUAGAUGUAACUUAUUAUUUUUAAUGCCAAACUGGGGAUGAAAUGGGGAUGAAAUGAAUAAAAAAUAUUUGGUACUAGCUCAAUGGGAACUUUGUAUAUUACAAAUACACCAUACCAAUAUAAUUAUUGCUAGGCAGCACACUAUUCAUGCGUGUAAUUUUACUGAUACUCAGUCUUUUGUGCCCAUGCAUGUCCAGUCUUUUGAUCUGCUAAGUCUAUUAUAGAUGUUUUCUACUAAAUUCAAUUGUUUCUUCAAAGUAGAAAAUUUGAAUUAUACACUGCAUACUACAUUAAAUUUUCCAGUCAGUUUCAUUAGGUUAAUCUGGCUAUCUGAUCUGUCUGGACUAAAUUGUGUCCAAUAGAAAAUAGAAAGUUUUAUCAAGGCCACAUGGCCUAAAUCACUCCAGAGGAAAGCAGUACAUUCUCCUUCAUGAUGUUAUUGGCAUUUUAAACCUUUUCGAAAAUGCAAUUAAUAUUUGGACAACACAAAAUGAGUCCAUUCUAUUCCCAGUAUCUUUUGCCAGGGCCAAAAAUAUGUGGGUUUCCUGAUCUAACCCAGCUUUUGGACGCCGAAAUCCCGACCCUAAACAUUUUUAUUGGAUCAUGCUCAUAGAGAUUAUAAAUAACACUAGAGGGGACAAGAACAUGACUUUAUCCAGCCAUAUAAAUGAGAUGUGUAAGAAAGCCAUUCUAAACAUAAAAUCAAUUGGCCGGAUAAGAAAAUAUCUGUCUAAAGAAGACCUAAAACGACUUGUAAACGCACUGGUAAUUCUCGUCUUGACUAUGCAAACAGUAUAUUGUAUGGACUCCCCAAGUACGAGCUGGACAAAUUGCAACGAGUCCAGAAUGCAGCAGCCCGGUUAAUUACAGGGAAAAAUAAAUCUGAUCAUAUAACACCCGUACUGAAAGAAUUACAUUUAUUUUGUUACCGAUUAAAUAUCGAAUAAAUUUUAAAAUAAUUCUCCUAGUUAACAAGUCACUACAUAAACUAGCUCCAGAUUAUCUUCACAAAAUUAUUGAAGAAAGAUGUCCUACACGUACACUUCGAUCCUCCCGAUGUUCACUGCUAAUUUCCACUCCAAAGAUAUACACCAUGACAUAUGGAAAGCGUGCUUUUUCUCAUGCUGCCCCGGAACUUUGGAACUCUUUACCAGAAUACAUUAAAUCCGCUGAGUCUAUUUUAGAAUUUAAAUCUUCUUUGAAGUUUGAAGUUUAUCUGUAAUAUAAGUUUAAAUUUUAACUAAUAUAUAUAAUCUAAAUAUAAACUAUUUCAGUAAAUUUAAAUAGUUUUAAGCCAUUGUAAGUGCAUUUGAGAUUUUUAAAUACGCAUGAGAACAUCAUUAUUAUUAUUAUUAUUAUCUUAAUUCAGUUAAAGAAAUGCGGCUAUUUUGGGCAAAAAAUUAAAAUGCUAAAAUAAGAGCAAGUUUGAGAUAAAAUCUCUAAAUUCUUGUUUAUGGCGGUUAAGUAUAGUCCCGUUUUGAUAUAUUUGCCAAGCAUUUUUACCUCACUUUUGUCAAAAACAUAUUUCUGAGAGCGCUCCAAAAUAAUGCUGAUGUCAGCAAUUUUGAUCUUUUCAAGAGGAAUUUUUUGGGCAAUGCUUGUAGUAAUGAAUGAUAUGCAAAACAUAUAAAACACCCAGUUUUAUGACUCUUGUUUUAAAUUUUUCUGAUUUCAAGUGUAACCCAAGAAUUGUGUGAUGUUUAUUCGGGAUUUCAAUUUACCCCGAUUACCGCGCUCAUUAAACGUAAAGUUUUUCGGUUUCGGCUGCACCACACGCGAAACUGGACUGUUAAUAAAGUAUUAACAUAUUUUCCUUCAGUUGUCCAAGUUUUUCUUCAGUUGUCCAAGUUUUUCUUCAGUUGUCAAGUUUUCCUUCAGUUGUCCAAGUUUUUCUUCAGUUGUCAGGUUUCCCUUCAGUUGUCAAGUUUCCCUUCAGUUGUCAAGUUUUCCUUGAGUUGUGAAGUUUACCUUCAGUUGUCAAGUUUUCCUUCAGUUGUCAAGUUUUUCUUCAGUUGUCAGGUUUUCCUUCAGUUGUCAAGUUUUCCUUCAGUUGUCAAGUUUUCCUUCAGUUGUCAAGUUUUCCUUCAGUUAUCAAGUUUUCCUUCAGUUAUCAAGUUUUUCUUCAGUUGUCAGGUUUUCCUUCAGUUGUCAAGUUUUCCUUCAGUUGUCAAGUUUUCCUUCAGUUGUCAAGUUUUCCUUCAGUUAUCAAGUUUUCCUUCAGUUAUCAAGUUUUCCUUCAGUUGUCAAGUUUUCCUUCAGUUGUCAAGUUUUUCUUCAGUUGUCAGGUUUUCCUUCAGUUGUCAAGUUUUCCUUCAGUUGUCAAGUUUUCCUUCAGUUGUCAAGUUUUCCUUCAGUUAUCAAGUUUUCCUUCAGUUAUCAAGUUUUCCUUCAGUUGUCAUGUUUUCCUUCAGUUGUCAAGUUUUCCUUCAGUUGUCAAGUUUUUCUUCAGUUGUCAGGUUUUCCUUCAGUUGUCAAGUUUUCCUUCAGUUGUCAAGUUUUUCUUCAGUUGUCAAGUUUUCCUUCAGUUAUCAAGUUUUCCUUCAGUUAUCAAGUUUUCCUUCAGUUGUCAAGUUUUCCUUCAGUUAUCAAGUUUUUCUUCAGUUGUCAUGUUUUCCUUCAGUUGUCAGGUUUUCCUUCAGUUGUCAAGUUUUCCUUCAAUUGUCAAGUUUUCUUUGAGUUGUGAAGUUUACCUUGAGUUGUCAAGUUUUCCUUCAGUUGUGAAGUUUACCUUCAUUUAUCAAGUUUUCCUUCAGUUGUCAAGUUUUCCUUCAGUUAUCAAGUUUUUCUUCAGUUGCCAGGUUUUCCUUCAGUUGUCAAGUUUUCCUUCAGUUGUCAGGUUUUCCUUCAUUUAUCAAGUUUUUCUUCAGCUGUCAAGUUUUCCUUCAGUUGUCAAGUUUUUCUUCAGUUGUCAAGUUUUUCUUCACUUGUCAAGUUUUCCUUCAGUUGUCAAGUUUUUCUUCAGUUGUCAAGUUUUCCUUCAUUUAUCAAGUUUUUCUUCAGCUGUCAGUUUUUCUUCAGUUGUCAGGUUUUCCUUCAGCUGUCAAGUUUUUCUUCAGUUGUCAGGUUUUCCUUCAGUUGUCACGUUUUCCUUCAGUUGUCAGGUUUUCCUUCAUUUAUCAAGUUUUUCUUCAGCUGUCAAGUUUUCCUUCAGUUGUCAAGUUUUUCUUCAGUUGUCAAGUUUUUCUUCAGUUGUCAAGUUUUCCUUCAGUUGUCAAGUUUUCCUUCAGUUGUCAAGUUUUUCUUCAGUUGUCAAGUUUUUCUUCAGUUGUCAAGUUUUCCUUCAUUUAUCAAGUUUUUCUUCAGCUGUCAAGUUUUUCUUCAGUUGUCAAGUUUUUCUUCAAUUGUCAAGUUUUUCUUCAGUUGUCAAGUUUUUCUUCAGUUGUCAUGUUUUCCUUCAGUUGUCAAGUUUUUCUUCAGUUGUCAGGUUUUCCUUCAUUUAUUAAGUUACAGAAUGUUGUUACAUGGAAUGUUGUCUCACGCCAAGGCCGCCGUUUGUUUUCCAAAAACAUAGAAGUAUUUCUUGUACACUUGCUGAAGUUUUCCUUUUGGUCGCACAGAUGAACAAAUUGUCCUUGGCAAAAAUUGACAAUCUUUUGUCGUACCGAAAAGCAAAUAAAAUAAGUUAUCAAACUUGUCAAGGAAAAAUUGCCGGUCUGUACGCGGCUCAAGAGCAUUCCAAAUUGGUGACAUUUUCAUAGAAAAUCCCUCAUAUGCGAUAUAGCGCUAAAAUAUUUCGUAGACUACGAUCUCUUCAUGUUGAAUCGCAUUCUGAUGGCCAUUUUCUGCAAAUUUUGGAAUGCGCGUAGCCAUGCAUAAGUUAGAUAAAUGACCAGCAAAGUAUGUUAACACUUUUUUUAACAGGAACGGUUUCGCUCGUGGUCCGUGAAUACCUGUACCGUUUUUCAGCCAAACCCGCGACAAUCCAAAAAUCUAUUCUCUGCCUACCCGUGCUUGCACAUUCUAAGCCUUUGCUGGCUGUAACGUUGGUAAAGCGAGCUGAAAAUGCCCCACUAGACAUCUAGGGCAGAUAUUCACACCGACUCGUUCGGUUUGCAUUGCCUAAGCGAGCGAAAAGUUUCACAUGCACAUUGUCAUUCUAUUGCUAUAGCAGUAAAUAUCCUACUGUACAUAUACCAUGCACGUUCACUUUUGCAUAAAUAAAUGUAAUAAUUUUGUCUUGUCUUGAUGUGAAUUUUAGAUUUCGUUCAACCCCCAAGAUAACACGCAGCUCUGUGUCGUUGGUCAGGGAAUCUUUAAGCUUUUCCGAUACAGCGAAGGAAAUCUGAAGCAGUUUGCGUUUCAGAAAUUGGAUCCGCAAAACUUUCUAUCCCACGCGUGGCUCUCUGAUGAGAAGAUAGUGGCAGGCACGGAUACUGGACGUUUAUUGCUCUUUGAAUCUGGAGAAUUAAGAAAUGAACUUCAUGUUACUGGAGCCGCAUCUCCUGCAGUAAAGUGAGUUGCAACAUAUGUUCCAGACAAAAAAUUGCUCAUUUAAUUUUGCAGCCAAAUGUAUUUGUAACCAUUUAAAGUUUUACUUGGCAAAUUGGGAAUCAAAUUACUGUUUGUGAACGACGUCGGUGCCGUUGAACUGCUGGCAUUGGUGACAGGGUCCCACUACUAACCCCAACUACAGUACAGUACAUUUUAAAAUAUUGUUCAAUUAUAUAGCGCUUCUCCGUGUUAGGAUAAGUAUCAGUGGCGGGAUUGUGAAGUGACAAUAUUCUUUCAUAUUACGUCACGGGCGUGGCCAUGACUGGGAAAAGUAAUUUGGGGAGAAACUUUUACUUGUCCUCUCUAGGCCUGAACAAAAUAGGGUAAAUAACGUAAGAAGCAUGCAAGCAUGAACCCUAAAUCGCUUUCAUGCGACAGGACGGCACACAACGUCGUUCCCGUGAAGGCCAUUAUACCUGCACAAGAAGGAAGACCCUGGGAAUGAGGUUGAUCAGCACACUGCAAACGACCAUUUCAUUAUUUAUACGAAAUGUAUUUGUUUUAGAACGGGAGGAAUGACAGCGAUACCAGAGGCAGACUCCAGUCAAGAUCUCUUACCGAAAGUGACAAGUAUAGCUGCAUUUUCGAAAGGAUUUGUUUGUUCUGGUGGUGCUGGCUUCGUUCAUUUGUUCGAGAAGACUGAUGAAAAAGAUGGGUUUAAGAAAACCAGAGAGAUUAAAGUUCCAGUUGAUAGUCAGAGUCCUGAUCCACAAGCUUCGAUUGCGAAUCAGAUUAUUUCCACACUGACUGUGAGUCCUUCAGAAGAGACGUUAGUUUGUAGUACCAAGGCAAAUCAAAUGUACUCUAUUACCAUGUCAAGUGCUGAUCUCGGCAAGGUAAAUGCUAUAAUUUAUACUUUUUUGACUUUUUUAUUAUGCUCAGUUGACCUUCUGGGCUUAGAUUCCGACCGUUGGUGGUGCCCUCCUACAUAGUUAACGGAAAAGAGAUGAUUGACCAGUGCAAAAAACAGAGUCACGACUAUAGCUAUAGUAUGACGAGUUUCGCCGUUUAUCGUCUUUAACGCAAAUUCGCAAAAUCCUGCUUGUGUAGGACUGUAGGUGCAUGUAUAAUGGAGCCAUAUCUAUCAUGCUUUGAUUCCUGCAAGUUUAUACAGACUUAGUUCCAGACUCGUUAGUCGAGGAAUUUUGUGCGGUUGCAAAGAAAAGUGAGUACCCAAAUAUUUAGAAGACCUCCUCCAAUUUGAGGGAUAAAGCAAUUUCAUAAUGUUAAUGUUAAGUAGAAAAUCGCUGUUCUGAAAAGUUGUGUAUAUGAUGCAUGUAUUGAGUCGUAUCUCAUUUUUCAAUGCGUUGACAAUAAAGGGCUAUUAAAACGAUGAAUAGAGGUAUAAAAUAAUAUUAAAACAAAUCGAUUGCUUCAUUGUUUGCUUAGGGUGAUCAAGUAACAUUCGAACUUCUGUGUCAAUCAUUCCACAACGGAGUAAUAACAGGACUGGAUGUCUGUAUUCGUAAACCACUUAUCGCCACAUGUAGUUUGGAUCGUUCUGUUCGUAUAUGGAAUUAUGAAACUUG